GUGAGGAGACAACUGACAAUUUCAGUAUCGGGAAUAUAAGAGGGUUAACCAAGAUAUCCAAAUUGUGAUAAAGGUGUAGGAUCCUUUUUUGGAAAAAAGCUAUAUAAAUAAGUGGAAGUAAUGAUAUACUCAGCUUGGGUAAUCCCGUGAUCGCUACCCACGUACUCAUAAAUAAAAACAUGUGAGUCCCUGCGACACAUACUACACUUGGACAGCUACAGUGGCAAUGGCACACGGAUUAAAAAAGAAAUCUAUACGAUCUUUGUUAUGUUAGGUGCUGCAAGUAAUGAAUAAAGUCGGCCACCCGUAUUGGCCUCCCGAGCUAAACUGGAAAAUUGCGGAGAGCCAAUCGGUGAGUCUUGCUAACCUCCCAUUGUGUUCCCUCGAGCUGAGAGGGUAAUCACAUAAUUUAAAAAACGAUCUCUAAGAGUUAAUAUAUGUUUUAAUUUGAGUUUUCACUUAAAUUAAGUUUCAAGCAACAGUGACAGAAUUCAUUUGUCACAAAAUUUAACAUUGUUUUUUUAUACAUACACUUUAAUGUAGCAGUAAUUAUGCAAUAAAAUUACCUUUAUUUAUAUUUGUCCAAAAUCAAACAAUAAUCUGCGUUGGAAAUGUUUAGGUCUUUUUUUACUUUUCUCGCAAUUUUCGUAGCUACAAGCACGUUCUACAGCAGCAGGAACAAGAAGAACCCAGUGUUCAAAGCGUUCUCUCUCGCGAGCAACUUCCAAAGCCUGAUGGACACUAGGAGUUCAGAUGAUGAGAUCUCUUGUCUCAAUGGGCUCAGAGUCAUCUUCAUAAUGACAGUUGUAUAUAUUCAUCGAGCUGAUACAUUAAUUUGGCUUUGUUCCAAAUUUAAUGUUAGAGACAUGUAUGAAGUUUUUUAUACAAUGUUACCGGUAACCCUCGAUCUGGGUGAUUUAUCUGUAGAUGGUUUCAUCCUAAUCAGUGGAAUUGUAUUGGCUUAUAACUUCUUUCGGAAGCGUCUUAAAAAUAUCGAAUUUAAUGUUAUUAAAUUCUAUAUGGAAAGAUAUUUUAGGUUAACUCCUAUGUUGGCCUGUGUGAUACUAUAUUAUUCUACUCUCCUGAUACACCAAGGACAAGGGCCUAUAUGGUAUACGAUGGUCGAAGAAGAAGAACAAUGUAAUAAAAAUUGGUGGGCUGGGCUUCUUCAUGUUACAAACUACAUUGACCCAAAGUGUGUAGAACAGAGCUAUUACGUCGCCUUGGAUUUCCAGUUCUACCUGCUGUCUCCGUUGUUCUUGUUGCCCCUGCAUAGAAAACCAAAAAUUGGCUUCCUGCUGCUAGCUACUGCGUCACUAGUUUCGUCCCUGGCUGCAACUGUUAAUUCUUAUGUGAAACAUAUAGGGACAGGAAAUAUUAUACGUUAUGUAACAGAUCGCAACACAGUGCUUAACGACGGUUCCAACUACUACGGUAUCCACUACAGAGUACCAUCAUUCUGUAUGGGUCUCGCCUUGGGGUACUUCCUCUUCCAAGUCAAGAUUAAAAAGCAUGAUUUUAUCCCAUCAAAGAGGUUCUGGUGGCUGGGAUGGACGACCUCAGUAUUGAUGUUAAUUGGCUUCGUCCUCGUCACUGCUAUUGUAUGUGACCCUAACCACAAGUUCUCCCCUUGGCUCGACCCUCUCUACCUUGGCUUCCAGAGGCCUGUGUAUUGUGCCGCAGUGGGCUGGAUCAUAUUCGCUUGCUCCUUAGGUCAUGGCGGUCUCGUAAACCGGUUCCUAUCAUGGACUGUCUUCCGACCUCUCGGUAAACUAACGUAUUGUGUAUUCCUUAUACACAUUAUUUUCGUGUACGGUCAAGUGUACAGUAUUCAGGACCCCGUAGUUUAUAGCUUCAUUGAUAUGUUAUACCUUUUAAAUGGAGACCUGAUGAUCAGCUCCGCCCUGGCUUUCGUCUGUUACCUUACUGUGGAAGCUCCGUGUAGUAGAUUAGCAUCCUACCUGCUCUCCGGCAAAAGCACGAAAUGAAGACGAAAUUGGCUCUAAGAAAUUUAUUCUGCUAAAAAUUGGAAAAUAUAUUAAUGUUCUUAUUA